AUGGAGCUCUGUGAAUUCCAGCGUGGUACCAUGAAAGGAUGCCACCUGGGCAACGAGUCCAGUCGCAUCAGGGACUUUUCCAGUGCUAUUAAUUCAUCUACUUUUCACAUCUGCAGUGGACUGUCCCCAGUCUUUGAGCUGCCUCAAGGCUUGUGGUCUGUGGUCCCCCCUCUCUGGCAGCAAGAGGCCACUGGUCACUGGCCUGAUUCACUCUUAGGCUUUUUGGAGGAGGAUGCAAACUCAGUGUUGGAACUAAAUGAACAAUGUGACUUAAAUUUCAAGGAGGUUUUUGUACAGACACUGAAUGAGGUUGUAUCACUGUGGUGGACUUUUGGUGGAGGAACUCGACUCUCUGUUGGAAGUGAUGCUCGGCCCACCCUCACAGUGUUGCCCCCCUCCAGUGUGGAACUGAAGCAGGGGAAGGCUACACUGGUGUGUUUGGCCAACAAGGGCUUCCCCUCAGACUGGACGCUGAGCUGGAAGGUGGACGGUAUCAGCCAGACGUCAGGUGUGAGUGUGAGUGGGGGCGUGCUGGAGAAGGGAAACGGCCUCUACAGCUGGAGCAGCACCCUGAGCCUCACUGAGCAGCAGUGGAGGAACAUACAAGCAGUGAGCUGUGAGGCCAGACAGGGCAGCCAAAGCCCAGUCACCAACAGCCUGACCACACAGCAGUGCUAGUGUUUCUGCUGAUGAGCUGCUCAAUAGUUUCUCAGCUCCAUUUCAGAUUUUGUUGUUCUCAGUUCAAAAUCUUAU